ACUACCCUCUCCACUACUGUUUCAUCGAUGUGGAUAGGGGGGUGUUCCCUCUGCUGUUUCCUGAAGUCCACAAGCAUGUCUGACAUCAAUGUGUGACCAAUUAUAAUGAUACUUUUACAUGGUCAAUUUCAGAAAAUGAUAUAUAACAUUAACAUACUGUUGGUUUUGGUGUAAUGGGAUGUUUUGCCUUGUGUGGUAGAUUUUGUGGGUUUUGUGGGCUUUGUGUCAUGACAGUGUUUUUAGCCCAAACGGUUCAGACGCUACAGACAGAAGUUGGCACAUCAGCUUUACCUACUUCAGAUGAGUCACGUUCAGACAUUACAGACGUUUUCAUUUGAUUUUCUGGAUGUUUCAUGGUCUGACAAACACCGGUGUAGCUUGACCACCUUCCACCGCAGAUGCGGAAGUCUGACAGGCAGAUGUGGUGGGUAUUUUUGUAUUACGUUGCUAAGACUGACACAUGGGUGCGUCAAAAGACUCUUAAUUAACCAGUGUUGAAGUAGCUAUGAGGUAACUGUGGCUCAAUACAGUCAGGCCUCAUCAAGUACUGUGUUCUGUAAUGUCUAGCUGGUAAAUAUUUGCAAUAAAAGAACUAACCACAUUGGGCCUCUCACUGUUCCACCUGUCUUUCCUCAAUUGAGUGUAUAAUAUUUAAAUGUAUAAGAAUUACAUGUAAUGUCCAGGCAAAAUUUCCUAUUGAUAUAGUUUGUAACCUCCUGAAAGGAAAAGCUGGAUUUGGUAGCCAAAUGUGGAUGGAAAGUUGAAGGCCUGAAGGCCCGUGUUGACCAGUCCAGAUGGCAUUGGGAGAUACCAGCCAUGCAAAUGGCAGGGAACACUUUUUCAAAGCAGCUUCUUAUCGUCAUCUGACGCAUCUCUUGUGCUGCUUUCAAGCUUUUUUCACUGUGAGUGUUCAGUCUACCCUGAAGGCCUCCUGGUGAUCAUGGAUUACAAACUGCAUCCCACCUGUUGAUCACUGGUUUCACAAGUAAAAUCCAGGUUUAUGAGCAGAUUUCUUAAAUCAAGACAAACGAUGUGGGCCAGAGCUGUAAUACUUUUCAUUGGUGUGGUAUUCCAUUGCCAGCAGGCCUUAGCAGUGGAUACCUACAUGGCUGAGUUCAUGAUAGAAAGCAAUGCUACGUUGUACGUCUCUGGUGCUCUAUCAGCAAUCAAGCAAAAAGCAACACCUAAUACAACAAUGACUAUUGAACUGCUUGAACUAACAGCAGAAUGUAAAAUUGUCGGGAAUGCUUCUACGUGUAACUGUUCAUCAGCGUACAUCUGGAGUAACGACGUGUGUGGCAAUUUCCAGUGUUGCGAUGACUCAUAUUGUAAAGCAAAUAUUUCUCACUACCCAGCCCUCUGCAUACCCAAAGUGAAAGUUCGCUUUAAUGGAACAGUCCAAGUGAGAAUAACAAUUCAUCAAACUGAUACUAUCAAAAUACAGCUUACAGAUGGUUUUAAACAAUUACAUGGGUUUGAGUGCCUCAAUGUGUCUGGACCGAGGGAUGAUGGACAAAUUGUUGAUUUCAAAGUGGAUCUCAGUGUCAUAUUUCUGACUGAUAGACUUGCAAAAAUAAUAGCUGACCUGGAACCUACUGUUGGCAAAAUAGCUGUUGAAACAUCAGGACUCGUGAGCAUUCAGUAUCCAAGGGACACAGUGAAAUUCUCCUCAACACCGACGCUAAACUGCAGAUUUGAAGAGAAAACAAACGGCUCUUGGAACUGGAACCUGUUAAAAGGAAAUAAGACAUUUGAUCUGAACACUGGAAGCAGCAUAACCGUCUCAUUACCCAAUGAAACGCCACACAAUUGUACCACAGUCCAAAUUAUAAGGUUGUCAGGGAACUGGGCAGGGAUUUAUAAGUGUGGAUUUUCCAAAGGGUCCAUUGUGCACGCAGCCACUGCAGAGUUGAAGGUAGCCCUGCUACCAGAUAAGAUCACCAUGACGAUUGACCCACUGACUGUAGAAUGCCAAGAUGGAGUGCCUCCUGUGACAGUCACCGCAACCAUCGAUAACAGCACAGAGCAAUACACGGUCACUUGGUCAUACCAAAAUAAUCUCCAAACUCCAAAUCUCCAAACUCAACCAGUACCACCAGCGGGGAUAGCCUACACCACAGAGAUAAUUAUAAAUUGCAGUCCAUCAAGCUCACCCCAUGUUGUCAUCGUCAGCUUUACAAACCAGAUGGAUGAGAUCAAGAAAGCAAGCAUAACUAUCCCAGUGAUAUAUGCUCAUGACAAGAACCAGGCUUGUCCUGAAGACAAUAAUGUUUGGCCAAAAACCCCAAAAGGUGUAACUGUCACCAUCCGAAAAUGUGAGGUGAAUAGAGUUGGGUACAAAGAGCGGACAUGCAAGGGGCCUGAGUGGAUGGAGGUGCUGGAUAACUGUGUCAAUGAGGAGCUCAACAAAGUUGUCAAUGCAGCAGCAAGUUUUAAAGAGGGACUUGGGGCCACUCUGCAGGUUGCUAUUCAAAUCUUUUCUGAUUUGAAGAAGAGCAUGGUUGCUGACUCAGUUGCUGAUCUGAGUGCAUCCAUCAAUGUGCUGGAUACCAUGUCGAGUGCAUCAGAAACCAUCACCCUGGAUAACUCCAUUUUAGAUACAUUUCUUGAUGCUGCGAGCAACAUGUUGAAUAACACUUGGAAGGCAGUCAACAAAACCCUUGAAUACGACAUGUCCUCAAAAUACCUCACGUCUAUCGAGGGUCUAGUGAAUAACAUCAAAAUGAAUACCAGUGACGGAAAUGACACCCCAAAUAUACAACUCAAACUCUGCAAUGUUCAAAACGGCACAUCUUGCAAUGACAUUGUGUUUGGUGUAGAGGUCAAAUUGGCCCUGUCCUCGGGAAUAGUGAAAACUGUGGGAGUAAAAAACCUAGCUGAGAAAUUAAACAAUUCUAAAUUCUCAGACUAUAAAUUCCCUAGCAUUGUGGUGUCAGCCACACUGCAAAACAGCAAUGACUCCAAAAUAGACAUCAAAUUGGACUUUCCCAUCAACCAGUCGAUGACUCAAGACUCCAACAUCCUCUGUGUGUUCUGGAACACCACAUUGAACGAAUGGUCUGAAGAAGGCUGCAAGUGGAAGAAAGGGGUCAACAAUAGAAGCCAUUGCGAGUGCACCCACCUGACCUCCUUUUCAGUGCUGAUGUCAAAGAUCCCGGUGACCCUGCUCUUUCUGGAUGAGAUCACCUACGUGGGCCUCGGCGUGUCCAUCUGCUCCCUCAUCAUCUUCCUCAUCAUCGAGGCGCUGGUGUGGUCGGCCGUCGUCAAGUCCAACCUCUCGCACUUCCGCCACACGGCCCUGGUCAACAUCUCUCUGUGCCUGUUACUGGCCGACUGCAGUUUCCUGGCCUCCUGCUUCCCCAGCAUCAAAACCUCUACCUGGUGCCUCGUCCUGACCGUGACCAAGCAGUACUUCUUCCUGGCUAUGUUCUGCUGGAUGCUAUGCCUCAGCAUCAUGCUACUACACCAGCUCAUCUUCAUCUUCCACCCGCUGAGGAAGAGGGUAUAUCUGCUCCUGUCCACCAUCCUCGGCUACAUCUGUCCCACAGUGAUAGUGUCAGCUACCUAUGUGUACUACAAAUACACAGGGAAACCCUACCACAACACGGAAACCUGCUGGCUCACUUACGAGGGGCCUCUGAAGGGGUCCAUUCACGCAUUUCUUCUGCCAGUCGGGACGAUUAUUUUGAUGAAUCUCUUCUCCAUGGGUGUUGUCAUCAUGACACUCCUAAAGUCCACUGUCUCUGAUGGGAGUAAAGCCGAUGAGAAAGAGGCAGCCAAAAGCAUCAUGAAAGUGAUGGUCUUUUUAACGCCAGUCUUUGGAGUAACAUGGGUUUUGGGAUUCUUUGUGUUGCUCAUUGAUAUCAACAAACCAAUGGGUGUUCUGAUGAAUUAUGCUUUCACCAUCAUAAACUCCUUUCAGGGCCUCUUCAUUUUGCUGACUGGAUGUUUUGCAGAGAAAAGGGUGAAAGAUGAGGUGUUGAAACUUUUCUUGGCUGGGGCACCUACUACCAAAGGGACAAGUGAGAGUAUAAAAAACCUGACAAAGUCCACUUCAAAUAACUGAUGAACAUCAAGAAAACUAGCUAUAUUCUGGAUCAAGCUAUAUACUGGAUCAGGACCAACCCAUAUGUCUGCCACUACUCUCACCCAGACAGAAACAUCCACCUGGUUGUUUCCUCAAAGACAGGGAUGGCUGUGGUUUAGGUGGUGUUUAGACAGGUCUUAUCAUGAUUUCAUUAUAUUAUGUCAAUUACCUAUCAAGUUUCAUAUUAAUAUCUGAACUCCUAGACAUGAAUCAAUUGCUAAACACAUCUUUGUGAUUUCCUGUACACUUACAGUGCCUUGCGAAAGUAUUCGGCCCCCUUGAACUUU